AUGGCGCGGAACAAACCAGCCGACGGUGGGGGUCACGUGAACCAGAAGAAUGCCGCCGGUCAAAAAGCAACCCCGCCAUGCCAGAAAGGUGCAUCGACCAAGGGUGGCCCAAAGACCCCCGUGAAGCCGUCAGCGCAAAAGGGGUCGGUGAAAACCGCGCCGCCAAAGCAAGCUGCCGCCGCGGGGGCCAAGACGCCCCAGGGGAAAAAGAAGAAGGGCCACAAGCACCAGCAGUACGAACUGAUUGUGACGAUCAACUUGUCCGAAUAUGGCCUAACGGAGGAGCAGGUUGCGGAAUUCAAAGAAGCCUUCAUGCUGUUCGACAAGGAUGAGGACGGCACUAUAACGAUGGCUGAACUGGGUGUCGUGAUGCGGUCGCUUGGUCAGAGACCUUCAGAGACUGAGCUACGUGACAUGGUGAAAGAAGUGGAUCAGGAUGGCAACGGCACUAUAGAAUUCAACGAGUUUCUGCAGAUGAUGUCCAAGAAGAUGCGCGGGUCGGACGGCGAGGACGAGCUUCGAGAAGCCUUCAGGGUGUUCGACAAGAACAAUGACGGCUUGAUCUCGUCCGUGGAACUGCGCCACGUGAUGACCAACUUGGGGGAGCGGCUGAGCGAGGAGGAGGUGGACGACAUGAUCCGAGAGGCGGACCUGGACGGUGACGGCAUGGUCAACUACGACGAGUUCGUGACAAUAUUGACGUCGAAAAAC